CGCCAAAUUGGUGGGUCUAUAAGAAGAGAAGUCUGGGUCUUUCAAGAAGGAAAGUCUACUUUGCUUCACGAGUAUGAAGAGGAAGGGAGGAGACGGAGGGGGGACGAACAUGGUGUUCGGCAUGAACGAUGCGCGGACGAAGGCGAGUGGGAGGACGGAGGUGGAAGAUCUGUGCUCCAAGCUGACGUCCCUGCUUCCGCAAGACUAUCGGCUGGACGCCUCACAGGGUCCUCCGGACAUUCCCAGCCAACUGAUGCAGGCCACGACCUACAUCAAGGAUCUAUACGAGAGAGUCGAAAGGCUGAGGCAGAUGAGAGAUGACAAAACCCAAAGCCGAAGGAUGGCCGGGCGCAGCUGCAGCAGCAACGUCCUAGAUACAGGACGGGCGGGGCCAUGGGGUCCUGGAGACGUCACGGUGCAGCUCAGCGGGGCGGCGCAUUUCGACGUGAGCUUCACGACGAGCUCCGCGGAGAGAGUCGAGAUGCACAGGGUGAUCCGCCUGAUCGAGCAGGAUGGACGCAUGGAGGUCGUCGAGGCGAGCUGGUGCUUUGUCGACGGUGGCAAGGUUUUCUACACGAUCAAGUGCAGGGCAGUGAGCUCUGAGGCUGUCUUGGAUGCGUCCAUGGCGGCGACAAGGCUCAGAAGGUUGCUGACGGACUCACUUGGUGGCCAUGGUGUCUAAGUAAUAAUUGGUCAAGUAUUAAGCUCGGCUGGAAGAUCUGCAGAAAACCAAGAGGAUGGCUGGCUGUCUCUGGUUCUUCUUAACGUAAAUUUAAAUUGUAUCUUGGUCCAUCGUAAUAUCAUACAGCAUGCAUGCAUAAACACUUUUAAUUUUUAAACUACA